GUUGCCACGAACGAUUCAUUCAACAUCUAGCUCUUCGAUCUCUUUCCUACAUAUAGAAACACAUAUAUAAAUACCAAAUCAUUUCUAUAUAUAGAAACACAAAAGUUAAUACCAAAUUAAUCAAUAAAAUCCAUCACUUUUGAUCGAUCGAUCGUAAAGUUGAAACAUGAAUAAUCGUCCCAAUUUCUACCACUAUUACUCUGAUUUCUCAUGUAGUGAUAAUAACAAUUCACAUCAUCCACCCACCAAUAAUCACUUGCUUCCAUUCAACGAAAAUGACUCCCAAGAGAUGCUUCUCUUCGGAGUCAUUUCAGGCGCUCAAGCGCCGCCCAGCAUAAAGCAAAAAGAGUACUGUUUGGAGACGAAGAAAGAGUGUAGCUACAGAGGCGUGAGGAAACGGCCAUGGGGGAAGUACGCGGCGGAGAUACGUGACUCCACACAAAACGGGGUGAGGGUAUGGUUGGGAACAUUUGAUACAGCGAAAGAGGCGGCUCUAGCGUACGACCAAGCGGCUUUUGCUGUCCGUGGUUCUGAUGCUGUCCUCAAUUUCUCGGCGGACAUAGUUUACGAGUCUUUAAGGAAGAUGGAUUACAAGUAUGAAGAAGGGAGUUCUCCUAUAUUGGCACUUAAAAGGAAACACACCAUCAAAAGGAAAUCUUUGAUGAUGAAAAAGAAGAAGAAAGAGAUUAAGGUCGAAAACGUUUUCGUUUUGGAGGAUUUGGGUAACGACUAUUUGGAAGAGUUAUUGGGGUUUUCUGCAAGUAGUAGUAGCAGCAGCAGCAGUAGUUCUAGUUAAUUGGUGAACAUAUUAAAGUACUUUUUUCUUUUUAUUAUUUGUAUUUCAUUCACUUGAACCUUAAAAUUAAACACAUAAACAUACUGCUAGUAUAGCAUGCAUUGGUAAAGAAAAUAGGAAGGAUAUAUGUGGAUACAAAUAUUGGCAAAAGGAUCUAAUUAAUGUAAAAUUAGCAGGAAUUGAAAUAAUUUAUUAAGCUGUAAAAAGUUACAAUGUUGGAUCA